GCUCCGAGAGGAGCUUCUGUCAUCCAGCGGGUCUGAUGCAGAUCCACUGGAUAAGGACUACACACCAUCUCCGUCACCAUCAUCCAGUGAAGAUGAGUUACUUGCACUAGAGCCCCAGUCAUCCUGCGACAAUACUCCAGAGAAGCACCACAGUCAUGCAUCAUCCAGUGAAACUGACACCAGAGAAGCUGAGAACCAGAAGGCCAAAGAUACAGCAGUUCAAAAAGGUACAAAGUCAAAAGGAAAAGGGAAGUUUAAAGAUGCCAAAAACAUUACUGUUAAGAGAAGCAUAAAAAAGGAUGGAGCCAGAGUCUGGGACAAAGUCCAUUACUGUGUCUUCUGUGAAAAGAGUCAAUUGAAGAUAGCUAGACAUCUAGAAAGAAAACAUAGUAUGGAACGAGAUGUUGCCUAUGCUUUUAGUUUUCCAGUUGGCUCAAAACAAAGGAAGAUUCUGAUAGAAGGCCUUCGUAAUAAGGGUGACUGGCAGCACAAUCAUAUGGUCUUCAAGGAAGGAAAUGGUGAUAUUGUAGUCUGGAAACGGCCCUCUGUGAAGGCAGACGUAGAGAGCUACCUACCAUGUCAACACUGUUAUGCAAUGUUCAAGAGGACUGAACUCUGGAGACAUGAGAAGUCAUGUAGAGAACGGAAAGAGGAAAGGCAGAAAGGCAAAAGGGUACAAAAAUCUUCCUCACAUCUACUUCCACUCAAAUCAGGCCAAGGAGUACAAAAGAUCAUCCACUCUAUGCAACAAGAUCAUGUAACCUCUCACAUCAGAAGUGAUGAGAUGAUUUGUGCGUAUGGAGAUGCAUUAUUUGCAAAAAAGGGCCGUGAAGAAUCUCAGCACAGAUACAUUGCACAAAAGCUGAGAGAACUAGGACGGUUCAUGUUGGCUGCCAAGGAGAUUGAUAAGCAUGCCAAAACUCUUAAAGACGUUUGUGAUCCAGCAAAAUUUAGACUUGCAAUUGAAGCAGCCAGACACGUGUCAAACUAUGAUGUAAUCAAGAACGAAUAUGGAAAGCCAUCUACAGCUGUUAAAAUUGGGUUUUCACUCAAAGGGGCCACUGAAGCCUGGAUAGGCCACUGCUUGAUGGACUCUGAUGUCAAAACUGAGAAGAAGGCAAAAAAGUUCAAGGAGUUGCUGGAGAACUCAUGGUCCAUUCAUGUGUCGACUAAUGCUCAUAGCUCAUUGGAGCAACGCGCUGGGGCAAAGAAGACACUGUACCUCUGACAGAGGAUGUGAUCACGCUCCAGAACUACCUGAGGAAAGUGGAGGAUGAGGCGAAGGCAGAGUUAACAGAGCGCGUGAGUACUACAGCAUACAGGAAGUUAAGUGAGAGCCUUCUUGCACAAAUAAUUGUGUUCAAUAAGAAGCGUGAAGGAGAAGCAUCACGUUUAACCCUUGAGACAAAUCUAAAAGCAGACACUGGUCCUGUUAAUAAGGACAUUUAUGAGACCCUAUCGCCUGUGGAAAAACAAAUGAGCCACAGACUGACACGUUUGGUGACACGCGGAAAGAGAGGCAGAAAGGUGCCCAUCCUCCUAAUUGAGCGCACUAAAGCUUCGCUUGACUUCCUGAUUGAAAAACGGAGGGAAGUUGGCAUACUUGAGGAGAACCCCUUUCUGUUUGCCAGGCCUAGCACAACAACCAAUCUCCGUGGGUGUGACUGCCUCAGGAGAUAUGCAGAAGAGAGCAAGGCCAAAAACCCAGAACUGCUGAGAUCAACAAAGUUACGGAAACACGUUGCUACCUUAUGUCAGCUUCUCGACCUCAGCAAUCAGGAACUUGAGCAAGUUGCUCGUUUUAUGGGACAUGAUAUCCGAGUCCACUGCGAGUAUUAUCGACAGACAGAUAAAACAUUCCAAGUGGCCAAGAUUGGCAAACUUCUGUUUGCGAUGGAUCAUGGAGCAGAGUCACUGAAAGGGAAGAGUCUGCAAACACUGGACUCCGUUAUCAGUGGCAAAAGACACGCAGCCACCCCAACUAAAGAUCCAAAAGGUGUCAAAAAGAGAAGGUCAGAUGCAGGACUUCAACAGGAAGCUCAUGAAGAUGGACGGCAGCUGUCCACCACAAGCUCAUCAGUUCAAAGGACAAAGAAGGCGGUCACAACACAAAGACAAGAGGAUGAUGAUGACUCCGCAGUAUGGUCACUUGGGAAGAGACAAUGUCAAACAUCUAGAACAAGACAUGAAGACGAUGGUAAUGCUGAUGAGGAUGAUGGGACUGAUAACAUCGGUCAAGGCAUUGAGGACAUAGAUGGACUGGUGCACCAGGAAAUAGGUGAAGGACAAAUGGAGAGAACUGUAGAAAAACAUGAUGAAGGUAACUUUGGCACUAAUUAA